GAUUAGGGUGUUGGUUAUUUGAGACUCAGCGGUGGAGUCGGUUGUAUUGAAUAUGAAAACUAAUGCAGUGGGCCACCCAAUUUCGGAUUUCGAGUGCCAGCUGGGACCGUGCCAACAAAGAUGGUUUAAUUGGAGUUCUGGGGUAGAUUUUCCCCUUGUCAGGUUGGUUAAUGUCUCAAUUUCCUUGGUGCAGUUUGCUAUAAAGACCGGUUGGUGUUCCACAUCUUGAAGCCAGCUAAGGGCAAUGGUUGAGUCACACCAAAUGAAGGUUUUAUCUAGUUCCCGGUGUAAUCCCCUUUGGAUUAAUUUGGUCGCUCUAAAUCCCGUUAAAAUUCUUAGUAGUUCUAAUCCCGGUAUAGUGAGUUUUGAGUUUGCUUUUAGUGGGCGCAAACGAUUUUUGGAGAAAACCAAGGUGGUUAGCUUCUUUGGAAGGUGAUGCCUAAUGACGGCAGAGAGAAUGUAAGGAGAGCUAAUAAUCC